UUUUGCUAGAUAGGGGAAGGAGGGUUGUCUGCUGUCUGGUAGGAGGGCUUUGUCUGUGUGCGCCUUUCUCUCGCUCCCUCGCUCCCUCUCCCUGCCUGUCUCUCGCGCUCCCGCUCGCUCCCGCUCGCUCUCGCUCCCUCGCUCUCCCUUUCCCGUCUCUGUGGUUUGUAAGGUAGGUUGCAGUGUGUGUAUAUACACAACAUCAAGAGCAGGAAAAUGGACUCAUUAGGGAGGCAGGCAGUCAUUACCACUCACACUGUACUUCCAGGGAGACAGCGACUAUGAGGAGACAAACUGAGGACUGGGGAACAAGCAGCAUAAGAAAGAAGUGUUGAGAGCUGCUCUUAACCCUUUUGGAGUCCGAAGUCAAAAGGGAACUAGAGGGCUUGAUACAUCCUUUACAUCCUGCGUUUACUCUGACCACAGUCCCUCCCUGUUCUCACAAGCGGAGCUCAGCCCUGCUUCCCUUCCUGUUGAUUCCCAGUCAGCUACAUGACUGCCUGAAGUUACAUUGUAGAUGCUGAAAUCACUGCACCUUAAAAACAAAAAGAUUAGGCUGUGCUGCAUUCCUAAUGUUGGAAUUUUUGGACUGUGCAUCUGUUUAGGCACGUGGAGAAAGACAAGACUGAGAUCAUAUCACUCACGAUCAGUUUGUGGCCUUCCUCUGAAGGAACCUUUCCUGUCUCUUAUAUGAGGAAACUGAGGCACAGAGAUUUUUGAGUGACUUUUCUAAGUUCACACAGCAAGUCAGUGGCAGAGCCAGGAGGAGAACCUGCUAAUCCGGGGAUCCCAGUCCCAUGCUCUAACCGCUAGGAAACGCUACCCCUCUGAAUACACAGCCUCUCUCUGUUCCCUGCCCCAAUGAACGUCUGCACUAGGUCCAAGGCUUGGAGUAAUUUACCUGAAGAGUGAUACCAUUUGGAAACCACUGAAGAAACCCAAGACAGCUGAAAACCAGAAGGCGUCUGAGGAGAAUGAGAUUACUCAGACGGGUGCAUGCAGCGCCAAGCCGGGCCUUCCCUGCCUGAACCUUGAAGCUGUUCUGUCUCUGAGCCCGGCCCUCAUCCACUCACCACAUUCACCAACAAACCUGCACACACACACAGGGUCAUCUGAUUGUAACAUCAGUUGCAAGGGGAUGACAGAGCGCAUUCAUAGCAUCAACCUUCACAACUUCAGCAAUUCUGUGCUCGAGACCCUCAACGAGCAGCGCAACCGUGGCCACUUCUGUGACGUGACGGUCCGCAUCCACGGGAGCAUGCUACGCGCCCACCGUUGUGUGCUGGCGGCUGGCAGCCCCUUCUUCCAGGACAAGCUGCUGCUGGGCUACAGCGACAUCGAGAUCCCCUCAGUGGUGUCAGUCCAGUCUGUGCAAAAGCUCAUUGACUUCAUGUACAGCGGGGUGCUGCGGGUCUCACAGUCAGAGGCCCUCCAAAUCCUCACAGCUGCCAGCAUCCUGCAGAUCAAGACUGUGAUUGAUGAGUGCACAAGGAUUGUCUCACAAAAUGUGGGAGAGGUCUACCCAGUGAUUCAGGAUUCUGGCCAGGAGACACCCAGGGGAACACCCGAAUCAGGCACCUCGGGGCAGAGCACCGACACAGAGUCUGGCUACCUGCAGAGCCAUUCACAGCACAGUGUGGACAGGAUCUAUUCGGCCCUCUAUGCCUGUUCCAUGCAAAAUGGCAGUGGGGAGCGCUCCUUUUACAGUGGAGCUGUGGUCAGUCACCAUGAAACAGCCCUGGGGCUCCCCAGGGACCAUCACAUGGAAGACCCCAGCUGGAUUACUCGGAUCCAUGAACGGUCGCAACAGAUGGAGCGGUACCUCUCUACCACUCCAGAGACCACACACUGCCGCAAGCAACCACGCCCUGUCCGAAUUCAAACCCUGAUGGGCAACAUCCAUAUUAAGCAGGAGAUGGAGGAUGACUAUGACUACUAUGGCCAACAGAGGGUGCAGAUCCUUGAGCGCAAUGAGUCUGAGGAAUGCACUGAGGACACUGACCAAGCAGAAGGCACUGAGAGUGAGCCCAAAGGGGAGAGUUUUGACUCGGGAGUCAGUUCCUCCAUUGGCACUGAGCCCGAUUCCAUGGAGCAGCAGUUUAUGGCUGGUCUGGGCCGGGAUGGGCAGCAAGAACCUUCCCAAGCAGAUCAAAAUGACGUCCCUGCUGAUGGCACUCAGCCGCAGCAGCAGCAGCAGCAUGUAGAUGCCAACUCUUCCUCGCCAGAGAGAAGCAAUGACGUUGAAAUGGACAGCAAAGUGCUCACAGUCAAUAACGGCACCGAAAAGGGGGCUUUGCAGCCUUCUGUCAACACAACUGUUGCCCAACCAUUGCCAACCACACAGAUCUACUUACGCCAGACAGAAACCCUCACCAGCAAUCUGAGGAUGCCACUGACUCUGACCAGCAACACUCAGGUCAUUGGCACAGCUGGCAACACCUAUCUGCCUGCCCUUUUCACCACACAGUCUGCUGGCAGUGGCCCUAAGCCUUUUCUCUUCAGCCUGCCCCAGCCUUUAGCUGGCCAACAGACACAGUUUGUGACAGUGUCCCAGCCUGGCCUGUCAACCUUUACUGCCCAGCUGCCAGCCCCACAGCCCUUGGCCCCAUCUGCGGGCCACAGCACAGCAGGUGGGCAAGGCGAAAAAAAGCCUUACGAGUGCACUCUCUGUAACAAGACUUUCACCGCCAAACAGAACUACGUCAAGCACAUGUUUGUACAUACAGGUGAGAAACCCCACCAAUGCAGCAUCUGUUGGCGCUCCUUCUCUUUAAAGGAUUACCUAAUCAAACACAUGGUGACACACACUGGCGUGAGGGCGUACCAGUGCAGUAUCUGCAACAAGCGCUUCACCCAGAAGAGCUCCCUUAAUGUGCACAUGCGCCUCCACCGCGGAGAGAAGUCCUAUGAGUGCUACAUCUGCAAGAAGAAGUUCUCCCACAAGACCCUGCUGGAGAGGCAUGUGGCUCUGCACAGCGCCACCAACGGCACACCUGGAGCCACCGGCACCGGCGCAAGGGCUGUCCCUGCCGGGGUGGUGGCCUGCACGGAGGGGACCACGUACGUCUGCUCUGUCUGUCCAGCUAAGUUUGACCAAAUCGAGCAUUUCAACGACCACAUGAGGAUGCAUGUGUCAGACGGAUAAGUAGAAUCUCUCUCUCUCUCUUUGUUAUGAACAAAAAAAUAGAAACAACAAAAAAAGCUAUGGCACUAGAAUUUAAGAAAUGAUUUUUGUUUCAUUUUUACCUUUAUUUUCCUCCUUUUUUUGGGUUUGUUUCGUUUUGUUGUUUUUGUACUACAUGAAGAACUGUUUUUUGCCUGCUGGUACAUUACAUUUCCGGAGGCUGGGUGAAUAAUAAUUUUCCCAGCCUCCCUCGGAUGGUGGCCUUAAGGCCAGGUAGUGCUUCAUGAGCUCCACUGGUUGGAUCUCUAGCUACUGGCCUCUAAAUACAACCCUUCUUUACUACAAAAAACAAACAAAAAACCAACAAAAAAAUCAAAAAAACAGACAGAAAAAAAUAAAAAACAAAAAAAACACCCCAAUUUCUUUUUUCUCACUUGUGAAGAGCACUACAAAAAAAAAAGAAACAAAAUAUAUUACAAAUCUACAAGGCCUACUGUCGUUAUAAGUACACCGCUCGCAGUGUUUCAAUGGACAUAAUUCACAAUGCUGACCGCUUUUGGACUUCACAGUAUCCAGUUAGAACUGUGGAAUAUUUUGCUUCUGGUUGAGCAGCAACCAGAGGAAACAAGGCCCUGCUGGUUUCCACCACGUGUCUGCUUUCUCACACACACACGCAUCCACAAACACACGAAAGGGCUGAGGGGAGUGCAAGGCAGUGUGGCUUGGAUAGUGUGGAGUCCCUGCAGGGUGAGGAAAAAGAAUCAGAGGUUCCUCACCUGGAUUCUGCUCCAUCCCACGCUCUCUGGCGCACCCUCCCCGCUGCUUUUCCCGUACCACCACCACCACCUUACAGCAGAAACCAAGAAGAUUCAGACAACGAGCAACGGUGGCUUUUUUGUAAUUUAUUCAGUGUCUUCGCUGAGCCCAGGGCCUCAGCACAAUCAAGAGGGACUUUCACAGAAGGCAAAGAGAAACACAGAGGAAAAUCAAAGAUAUCAGAGGUUGCAACCUAUGGAUCUAGGUACACGAGAAGGGUUAGUUCCCACAAUCUUUGCAAAAAAAAAAAAGUUGCAUCAGGAUUUAUUCUUGUGGAAGAA